GAUCGUGUGAGGACGACAAGACAUUGACAAAAACGCGACCAAGUUGCGCAAGACUCUCAAUUGGUGCAAAAGACGCUAAUUGUGUUGAAUUUGGUCCAUUGAGCCCUUUUAUACACUCAAUAGGCACUCAAUUGUCCUGUCCAUCCUUCGUUUUUCCAUUUUUUCUUCAGCAGGUUCCCUCGUGCUUUCGCAUCACAUACCGCAGCCAUGGCCUCUGAACGACCCGACAAGAAGGAGAAGAAGGAGAAGAAGGAGAAGCGCAGCGAAGAGUCUGGCGUGAAGAAGGAGAAGAAGGAAAAGAAGGACAAGAAAGACAAGAAGGAGAAGCUCGCCGCUGCUCUGGACGAGAAGCUGCAGCAGGAUGUCGCUGGCCAGAUCUCUCCUGUCAAGGGCUCUGAGGAUUCAGAUGUGGAGGAGGACAAGGCCCCUGAGGUUGCUCUUGAGCGAAAGGUUGUGCCGUUCGCCGUCCCUCUGGCCGAUGAGAAGGGCCAGAAGAAGAUCUGCAAGACUAUCCGAAAAGCCGCCAAGAAUGGAACCCUCAAGCGUGGUGUCAAGGAAGUCGUCAAGACGCUGCGAAAGUCUCCCGCCAGUGCUCCCGGCUACACCUCAUUCCCCGGCGUCGUCGUCAUUGCCGGCGACAUCUCCCCCAUGGACGUCAUCUCACACCUGCCCGUUCUCUGCGAGGACCACAACGUCCCCUUCAUCUUCGUCUCAUCGCGCGCUGAGCUCGGUGCCGCCGCCAAGACCAAGCGACCUACCAGUGUUGUCAUGAUCAUGGAGAAGGCCGAGGGCAAGAAGAAGGCUUCCAAGGAGGCUGAGAAGGACGACGAUGAUGACAAGGAGUCUUACAGCGAGACUUAUGCUUCCCUGGUUAAGCUCGUGCAGAAGGAGGGCAGCAAGCAGGCGUUCUGGACAAAAGGUGAAUCCAAGGCGUAAGAGGAUGAGGGGGUGAAAAAGUGUUGGAACGGUGUGUGUCAAAGAGUGGGAUCUUGUUGAUGCGAAGCGCUUAAUCUGGGUGUACAUUAACAAUACCAGAGGGGAUUGUCUUGCAGCAAGAACUUUGUUGGGGCAACGGCGGCGUUCAGGUAUAUAAAGUACUUUCUUGAUCAAUGGAAAAUCAUUUGCGUU